CAUAAAGUUAGCUCAGAGAGGGAACAUAUCAUUAUCAUUUUAAAAUAGCGCGCAGGAAUCAUCAUCACUAUAGCACCACAUUCGUCACCUAAAGAAUAAAGGCCACCAAACAUAAUGCGUAUAAACUGAAACCAAGUUUAAGAUUGUUUUGAUUUGACUGCUUGGGGAAAAACACAAAUUGUCGAGGUGACACAUCAAUCGAUUUACGACGGUUUGACCUUCAAGAGCUCAGUAACCUUCGUCAACGGACGAUAUCACUGGAUUGUUGCCUUGAGUCGGCUGCUAGAUCUGUACAACUAGAUUCCCUGUGAUUUAGUGCUUAAGCAACAAUUGCCUACUUGAUAAGUUUUAGUUAAUAAUCAGAAGUUUAACCGAUAUAUAGUUAUCGAAAAUAUUCCUCUCGCUCCAAAUAACACCCUGGAGUUUUUUCUGUUAUGUUUACUGAUCAACUCUUGGAACAGUUAACUUUUGGCUGCCAAACUUUAUUUUUGAGAAAAACAUUAACCUAAGUAUUUGAUCCAUAAAACUUCUCAAUGUCCAUCAAGGAAGGUUAUCUGAAAAAGUGGUCAGAUCGUAAAAAUUGGCACAAUGUGUACUGUAAGCUGUUAAAUAAUGGUUGGUUUCAAUGGUUUGAUGAUGCAUCUUCCACCUCACCCAAACGAAGUGUUGAAAUUAGACGUGUAGCAUCGUUCCUAGCGUUUGGAGAACCUUUUCACCGUGUUCCAUGCAACCCGACCUCAUUAACAGCUUCAGAAAUUCCUUUGGCUUUUGGUGUUCUCUACGGACCUCAUAUGGGGACUCAAAUGGCUUGGUUUGCCUGUCCGGAUCAAGCAACAUUGAGCUCAUGGACAAAUGCGUUAAUUUCAUUGUUUCAGCAAACUUCAACACUUCCAUCUGCCCCUCCACCAUAUCAACCUUCACCGGCACCAGCUCUACCUACAGGAUCAAUCGGUUUUGGAAUGCCUGAUCCAACUGCUUAUGGUGGAAAUCCUGGUGGUUAUGGGCCUCCUCCCCCGAUUAGUCAACCCAAUUAUGGAUACCCAACUAAUAAUUAUGUUCCACCAACAGUACCCCCUGCACGACCACCAGCACCAGGUGCUUAUGUGCCUGGGACAAGUUCUUAUAGUGGUUAUCAACCACGUCCACAAGAUCCACAAAGUCAAUAUUUUGUCGGGCAAAAUGGCCAACCAUAUCAAGUGGUCUAUGUAGAUGGUAAACCGAAAAAGAAGAAAUGUAAAGGAUUGAAAAAUGCAGCAGUUGGUCUCGCUUCAGGAGUAGCUGGUGGUUAUUUGGCAAGUCGUCUAUUCGGUGGUUUGGGUGGUUGGGGUGGUGGAUUUGUGGGUCCAAGAUGUGGCAGUUGGAGUUCAUUGUCUAGUCUCAGUUGGUCUGAUUAAAUUUAACUCUAUUUGACUACGCCUCUCCCCUUCUAUAUAUAUAUGAUGAAGUUUUAUCGCUCUUUACCUGUAAUAUCGACAACCAUGAAUUCAAUUCAUUAAUGCAUAAUUCUAUUGGAACUUUGAUGAUGAAAACCUACUUUCAUUAUGUAUGUAUUUAAAGAGGAUACAAAGUUUCUUGUGUACUUGUUUAUUUUACUUAUUUAUUUAUAUAAUCAUUCAUUCAUUCACUUUAAUCAUCAUCACCUCUCCCUCCCCCACCACCACCACCUCUCCAUUUCAUUCCCAUUCGCAUGUGUUGGGAGAUUGAUUUCUAUGUUUAAUUUAAAGAUUAUGCUUUUAAUAGAUCCCGUUAGUAACUAGAUUAUUAUUAUUAUCAUUAUUAUUAUGAAUAAUGGUAUAUUCAUUCAAGAUUUCACUUCAUCUGAGUAAGUUACAUCAUUUCUGUUUGUAUAUUUUAUUAAAAUACUUUUGUUUUUCUUAUUUGUCAUUCAAUUCAAAGUUUUUCCAAGUUGUUUAUGCUUGUUUGUUUGUUUUGUUUUGAUUCUCCUUGAUCAUGGAUACAAUUUUAAUGUGUUAUGCGUUAAAUAUGAUUAGAAGAUGAAUAUAUUGUAAUGUCAUUA